UAAACUUAAUAAGAUUUCAUAUCAGUGACACUCAAGUGAAGACAAGAGAUUAUUAUCUUGAAAUAGUGAUAAACGUCAAGGUAAUAAUAUUUAUUUAGAAUAAAAUCUGACAGAAACUGCAUUAAUGUAAAACCAGUCAACGGCGGCACACAUCGUUGAGUAUAUUAAAGUAUACAUAUAUAUAUUUGUAUUAAUUAAAAUGGGAACGAAUCAAGAUAUUGAAGAAUACUUUGAGUUUGCUAAACAACUUGCACUGCAAGCAGGCGAGAUUUUGAAAAAUUCUCUCGAUCGUGAAAAAGUUGUUCACAUCAAAGGAAAUUAUCGAGACCUGGUUACCGAACAAGACAAAGCUAUUGAAAAUAUAUUGAUAUCAAACUUAUCGAAAAAAUAUCCAGAUCACAAAUUCAUAGCUGAAGAAUCCCACAACAAAAAUGAGCCAUUAGAAUUAACAGACGCACCUACAUGGAUUAUUGAUCCAAUUGAUGGUACAGUGAAUUUUGUCCACGGAUUUUCACAAUGUUGUAUAUCAAUUGGUCUGGCCAUAAACAAAGAAAUACAACUUGGAAUAAUUAACAACCCACACCAUAACGAACUAUUCACAGCUAAAAAAGGUCAAGGCGCAUUUUUGAAUGACAAAAAAAUCAGUGCAUCGAAUAUUAAAAAAUUAGAACUGGCUUUAAUAAAUCUUGAACCCAGUCUACUCAAGUGGGGGCCUAAGCGUGACAUAACACUAGGUCGAAUUGAAGCGCUGUCACAAGUCGCCGAUGGAGUUAGAAAUGUUGGGUCAGCAGUAAUGGGAUUAUCAUAUGUUGCAAGAGGUAUUAUUGAUGCAUUUCACAUGGAUCAUUUACAUCCAUGGGAUGUUGCAGCUGGAUGUCUAUUAGUUAGAGAAGCUGGUGGUACUGUGAUCGAUAGUAAAGGAGGAAAUUUUAAUAUUAUGAAGCCAAUGACGUUAGCAACUGGAACGGAAGCACUUGCAACAGAAAUAUCGAAACUGAUAAAUGAAACUGAUCUUCAAACACAACGUCGACGACUCAAGAGAACAUGAAUUUAUUUUAAGUAAUUAAUUAGUUAUGUAGAAAAUAAUUUUAGUUUUAGAAAAUAAAAUAUAAAAUUUCUGACUGAUAAAAAAAAAAGUGUCAGAAGAAAAAGAUUUAAAUUUAAAAAAAAUUGUACAUAAUUAAAAAUUUAAUUUUUUAUUUUAAUUGAGUUUUUGUGGUAAUUUGGAAUAAAUAAAUUGACAGUGAAGUUAAAUAAUAA